AUGUCCACCUACUCCUCUUCGUCGUCGUUCUCGUCUUCUUCAUCGUUUUCCUCUUCAUCACCGUACGGCUCCCUCUCCGCCCCGCCGUCGCCACUGCUUCUGCUGCCCUCGGCCGCAGCUCCGCCUUCUUCGACCUCACCGCCCGCCGCACGGCUGCCAUCGCCCCCGAUGACCGCUCCGGGAGCGCUUCCUUCGGCCCACUACGGACGCAGUCGGGGACAAGACGGGGCCUGGCCCGAGGAGACAGCGCCACCAUCGGCGCUGAGCGGGGACAUGUCCUACGACAAGUGCCUCCAGAUGUGGACGAAGCAGAUCGAGCAGCGACGGAGCCAUCAGCGCGUCAAGCGGUGGCAGGAGUUCCUCCAGCGCAUGAAGCCGGGCGAUGCUGAAAGCGGAGAGAGCGGUGGGGCGGAGAGGCAGCCGUCGUCGUCUCCGCCGCAGCAGUGGAUCAGAUCGCGGGCCAAGCGCAAGGCCUCAGCGCCGACGGACGGACAGAAGAGCGAAAGCGACGGAUCGAACACGACGAAAGAACGAAAGCGAAAGCGAAGAACGAAGGGGAGAGAAGGAGAAAAGGAAGACGACGGCAGGCGAGGUCGCGAAGACGCGAAGAACAACAGCCCACCAGAGAAGAAGGAGCAAGAGGAGCGACCACGGUCGUGGGACUUCCACAUCCUGCAGGCUGACGAUAUCCGUGACCAGCAGGAAGGAGGCGGAGACGACCACCACGGCUCCUCGCCAGCGACGUGA